AUGGGUGUGCCGGAAGAUGAACAUCCUUUGAUUGUUCACAAGAUAUUCAUCGUGGUUAAGGCUGCUAUAUCCCCUGUUGACCCUGUUGUAGUGUUUCUGUCAGAAUGCACAGUGUUUGUGUCCGACGUCACUGUGAGCGAACCAUCUGGGAGGAUUCCUGCCAGCAGAUCCUCAAUCCAGGCUUUGGAGCCAGUGACAGUUUUCGAUAGUAGUCUUAGCACCUGUGCUAUCUGUUUGGAUGGUUUUGAUGGAAAACCAAUUACUCGGUUGCCCUGCACACACCAUUUUCAUGUCGACUGCAUUGUUCAGUGGCUGGAGAUUGACCACGUGUGUCCCUACUGCUGA